AUGACAGAGGCUGCUGGUAGCGAUGUAGAUACGAUUUUACCGACAUCUGAUAAGCAAAAAGAGAUGAAAGAACAGCUAAACUUGGUUGAGAAAUUACUCAAUCGAGUCGACAAUAAUGGGACAAUGUCAGAGUCUACGAUGGUCGGACAAAAUGAGUCACGUGGAGUGCCACUUCAAGAAACAGACUUACGUGAACUCGAAAAGUAUCUGGAUGUUGCCGAUAAUAAACUUAGUUUAGGAAAUCUGUACCGAACAGUCACCGUUGAUGGACAUGUGCGUUGGUUGUGUCUAGAGCACUAUGACGAUAUCAGCUUUAAUAACACUAUGCCCAAAUAUAUUGACCAGUUGGAAGCUAUGGGAGGACAAUCAAUUCUUGUCAAUCAUAUUACUAUCAACACCAAAUGGAAACAACAUGGAAUUAUUAUUGCUGGAGGAAAUGGACAAGGCAAUCAAUUAAAUCAACUCUCUUGUCCUCGUGGUAUCUAUCUUGAUGAUGAUCAUCAAACUAUUUAUAUUGCUGAUUAUUUCAAUCAUCGUAUUGUUGAAUGGAAAUAUGGAGCAAAGAAUGGUCAAGUUGUUGCAGGUGGACAUAGCAAUGGAAAUCGAAAUGAUCAAUUGUAUUGUCCAAGAGAUGUGAUUGUUGAUAAAAAGAAUAAUUCUCUCAUCAUUUGUGAUUAUGGAAACAGACGAGUGGUACGAUGGCUUCGUCAAAAUGGUAAAAAUGGAGAAACAAUCAUUUCUCAUAUUGAUUGCUGGGGAUUAACAAUGGAUAACAAUGGAGAUCUUUAUGUCUCUGAUUGGAUAAAGCAUGAAGUGAGACGAUGGAAACAAGGAGAGAAAGAAGGAACAAUAGUAGCAGGUGGAAAUGGAAAAGGAGAUAAUCUCAAUCAGCUCAACUGGCCUAAUUAUAGCUUCGUUGAUGAAGAUCAUUCAAUUUAUGUGUCGGAAAAUAACAGUCAUCGUGUUACGAAAUGGGUGAAAGGUGCAAAAGAAGGUAUUGUUGUUGCUGGUGGAAAAGAUGACGGGAAUAGUUUGACACAAUUAUCUUGGCCUGCGGGAGUGAUUGUCGAUCAUUUGGGUACUGUUUAUGUAGCUGACUCGUACAAUAAUCGAAUAAUGCGUUGGUGCAAAGGAUCUAGCGAAGGUAGUAUUGUUGUUGGUGGAAAUGGAAAAGGAGACCAAUCAAAUCAAUUCAAUUGUCCCACAGGUUUAUCAUUCGAUGUUCAGGGUAAUCUGUAUGUUGUCGACGAGAAUAAUCACCGAAUACAAAAAUUUGAUAUUGAUUUGAAUGAAAUUUGUUGA